UAAUCGAAAAGGGCUGAAAGUAAUAAAUAGUAUAGAGGUACCCAAAUUGUUGAAGAGGAAACAAAAGAAGUUAAAGCAUUUAUUUUGCAUUCUGCCGUCAGAUGUCAGAGUUAACCUUGUUAAAAUUUAUAUUACUAAAAAAGCUAAAAGCUAAGUGCAUGAAUCAAGUAUAAGGAAAGAAAAUAAUAUGCUAUACCAAUUUUAACAUUUUUAAAAGGUUUAAAAUGAACACUGAAAUUGAAAAUGAAUCUCUCGAUGAUUUACAGAAUCUUUCAAGAGAAGAAUUGAUAUUAUUAGUGAAAAAGUUAAGAAAAAAUAAUUCUGGAAAAAGUACCCCAUCAGAGAAGAAUUCUAAAACAAGCUUUAAUUUUAAUAAAUAUAAAAAGCGUCAUAUUGCUCUGAAGUUUCUUUACCUUGGUUGGGAUUAUUCAGGAUUUGCUGCACAGGUUACUACUGAUAAAACUAUUGAACAUCAUUUAUUUCAAGCCCUAAUGAAAACAAAACUAAUAGAAGCUAGAGAAGUAUCUAAUUAUCAUCGAUGUGGUCGAACAGAUAAAGGAGUAUCAGCUUUUUCUCAGGUUAUCUCUCUAGAUGUUAGGAGUAAUUUAAAGGAUGGCAAAGGUGUUAUUACUCCAGAAAAUUUUAUGGAAAGUGAGGCCAAAUGUAAGCAAAAAAAAGAAAUUGAUUAUCCCACAAUACUAAACCGUGUGCUGCCUCCAGAAAUCAGAAUAAUUGGAUGGGCACCAGUUGAUCCAUUAUUUAGUUCAAGAUUUGAUUGCACAAGUCGAAUUUAUAAAUACUGGUUUCCUCUAGCAAACCUAAAUAUUGAGGAAAUGAAGAAAGCUGGAUUAAAACUAGUCGGUGAACAUGAUUUUAGAAAUAUUUGUAAAAUGGAUGUUGGCAAUGGUGUUGUUAAUUAUAAAAGAAGAAUUUUUUCUGUUGAUAUUGAAAAAAUAUCUUCUGGGAAUUUUGAGUCUUACAGUAUUUUAGAACUUACUGUAGUUGGUCAAGCAUUCUUAUGGCAUCAAAUCCGUUGUAUUAUGUCAUUACUAUUUCUUGUCGGUCAAGGAAAGGAAGAUUGCUCAGUAAUAGAAAAAUUGUUAGAUGUUGACAAUUUUCCUAGAAAACCUCAGUAUGAUAUGGCAUCUGAAUUGCCACUAGUGCUAUAUGACUGUUCUUAUGAUGAUGUUAAUUGGAAUUAUGAUCAAACAUGUUUAUUCAAUUUAAUAAAACAUCUUCAAAGUUUAUGGACUCAUCAGGUGAUCAAGACAACAAUAAUAAAGAGAAUGCUGCAGGACUUAGAGUCAAUUUCCGAGAAUAAUACAAUUAUUCAUCAGCUAGAUUGUUUGUUACCUGGAGUUAAACCAAGAGUAUAUAAAAGACUAAUGGAUCGUCAAUGCUGUGAUAGUUUGGAAGAAAGACUUAAUCAUCAGAGAAAGAAACAAAAGAAGUUAUCAACCUAGAAUUUUAGAAAUAUACAGAAUUUCUUAGUUGUAAAAAAUCAACCAUCACAUCAUAGAGCAAUCCCAUUCAAUGAACUUCAUCUUCGAAAUAUGUUAUUUAAGUGAGAAGUAAUAAAAUUAUUUCAUAACAAUGUACUCAAUGAACUUAUUAAAUUAAAUUUUUAUUUCAUA